AUGUCGCAUUCAUCAAAAGAUAAAUGGCAUUCAGGAUGGUUGUUUGCUAAGCUUCUCAUGUGGCCUGGCUUAAUCAUAUUCCCCUUCUUGUUGCCUUCUUCCAUAAUUGAGCUUUACGAGGCACAGAGCUUUGUGGUUGCACUGCUUGCGAUUGUCAUCGCCACAUUCUCCACGGGAGUAGAUUCACAAUGCUUCCAGUUUAGAAAAGAUGAGAAUCAAGAAGAAGACGCGAUUCCUUACGGAUACGGAUUUUUCCAUUUUGUGUUUGCUACGGAGCAAUGUACUUUGCAAUGCUACUUAUUGGUUGGAACAUUCAUCAUUCCAUGA